CUGAAUUUUAAAAAUCAUUACAAAAUGUAUUUCAAAAUUCUUAAUUUUCAAUAUACGAUUUUGCUAAAUUUUCCAAGUGGGUGUUUUAUUUUGACUCUUCAAGAGGCCCAAUGCGCCAUAGCUUUCCGCGUAUUGAGUUUUAUAGCUCGCUUUUGAUCGUUUCUGCGACAAAUGCUUGGAAAAUAAGGUGCUUAAUCGCUAGUGCAAAUAUUAUUUCCAAUUUGUAUACCAACUAAGUACGAUAUUUAAACCGUUCCAAUAGAAGCUUCCUCUGCUAAAUUUCACACCCUUCUCCUUAACUUGGUCAAUUGCAGCCGAGUUCAUCAUGUCAGGAGAAAUUAUUUUAUUUGAGAUUGCAAGCUUUCUGCCCUUCUCGGUAUUUUUGUCAAAUUUCAAAUUAGUUUUAAUUCUUCUUCUGUCAUAUGUAAACUGCUUUCAAAUUGUUUUUGAUUUCCAUCUCCCCAUCUGCCUCUGAAAAUGGAACUCCAUCUCUUCCCAACCAGAUCUUUGAUUUUCAUCAUGACCAUAAUCUUCCUCUGCCCUCUGUUUGUGUCUGCCAUUGAUGAGCGAUAUCAGAAUUGCAGCGCAACAUUUGAGUGCGGAAAUAUUAAAGGUAUUAGCUAUCCUUUUUGGGGAGGGAACCGAUCUGAUUAUUGUGGCCUCCCCAACUUUUGUCUUAAUUGCACUGACCAAGCGGCGCUGAUCACCAUCAAGAAUUUAACUUACCAAGUUCUUGAAAUCAAUAGCGAGGCACAUAAUCUUAAAGUUGCUAGAACGGAUUACAUAGGAGGCAUCUGUCCAAAACUCCUUCUCAACGCCACUUUGGAUUGUUCCUUUUUCAGUUAUGCUUCCGAGAUUCAGAAUAUAACUCUAUACUAUGGUUGCCCCCAGCUGCCUUCAUUCUUAAAACCAUUAGCCGGAAUUCAUCUCUCACCUAAUAAUUUCUCGGCAUUCAAUAAUCUCAAGUCUCAGAUAUCUUUGGAUUCUUUUCUACCAGUUUCUGUCAAUUUUAUUACUUUAAUUCCCGUUCGAAUGUACCAUUUCUGUAGCUCAUGAAAAGCUGAAAAAACCAAACUCUAGCUCACUCAUCUCUAUUUUCAUUCCAGGCCCGAAAUGAAUUCUUCACUUUUCCCAUUCCCUCCUUUUCUGUGGCUUCCAAUUUUUGUGUUCUUGUUUGCUAGUAGAAUUCCUUGUUGUUUAAGCAACCCUGACUUCCACGCUUCCUGCAAUAUCUCUCAGUACGUCUGUGGAAGUAUUGCCGCUGGUUUUCCUUUCUGGGGGAAAGACAGACCAGAUAUCUGUGGAAUUCCAGGCUUGGAACUCAAGUGUAAGAAUGAUACCCCCACAAUUGAGAUCAAAGAUGGAACGUACCGUGUUUUGGAAAUCGAUGAGCAAAGUCAAACUCUGAGAAUUGCAAGAAAGGAUUACAUGGAUGGACUCUGUCAACCUCAAUUAAAGAACACCACGCUUGAUCCUCAGCUUUUUGAAUAUGUUCCCGGUUACAAGAACCUUACAAUUAUUUAUGGUUGCCCGAUACCUGGAGUACCAGCACUAUUCAAUUACCUCAUAAGUGGAUCUGCGUAUCCAAAAGGGAACUACCGCCAUCACCAAUUCUGUUCUGAGUCGCUUUGUUGA